UCAAUCAAAUUACUCAUCCUUUUAUCACUACAAGAACCUUAAUUACAUCCAUACAUUUGCUCCUGCUUCAAGAGAAUUAUUCACAACUUUUUAAGUAAUCUCGUAUUUUUUUAAAUAUAAUGGCUGCUUCAGCAUCAUCUGUAGUGUACCACUCUUUCAUGUCUAACAAUGUCGCUCGUCUUCAAACCCAAACACGGAGAAAUGCAAGCUUCAAAGUUUGCUGCAUGGCCGAGGAUAAUAAGCAAGCUCCAAUUUCAACUCCCACUUCUCCACCACCACGUGCUGCACCCAAGAUGAGUACUAAGUUUACAGAUUUACUAGCAUUCAGUGGGCCGGCACCGGAGAGAAUCAAUGGUAGACUUGCCAUGAUUGGGUUUGUUACUGCUAUGGGAGUAGAACUUGCUAAAGGUACUGAUGUUGCAGCACAGUUGGGUGAUGGAGGACUACCAUGGUUUCUAUAUACAUGUGUUUUGCUAUCCGUGGCUUCAAUUGUCCCAUUGGCUCAAGGUGUGAGUGUUGAAUCGAAAUCAGACGGUAUCAUGUCCUCCACUGCUGAGAUGUGGAACGGUAGAGCAGCAAUGCUCGGUUUGGUUGCCUUGGUGCUCACUGAAGUUGCCAAGGGAGGAGCUCUUAUAUAAUUUACACAAUGCUAUGAACUCAUUCCUGUACCGCCUGUUGGUGUUUUAGAAAUUAAAUUUUACAAGGUCCCCAUGUAAAUGUUUUUGAUCGUUAUACAUAUAUGAUAACUUUGCGCAGUGUGCACCUUUUUAUUAU